AUGAAUUAUCAUCAACAAGAUCAUUUUUAUAAUUGCUAUGGCGAUAGUAACAGUAGCGCCAAUAAAGGUAACUUUAAUAUGCAUCCUGUAGCUGCUACGAUGACUGCUUCCACUGUCUUUUUCCCUCAAGAACAGUACUGCGAUGUUUAUGGUAAUGAUACUCCCUAUGUUAAACUAGAAAAAAAGGAAGAAGAUGGUGAUCCGAAUGAUUACCCUUUUUUUAAAAACAGCGGUUUUACUACAAACGAGGCUGACGUAAAUACAGCUUUUAAUCAUCCGGAUUACUACUAUUAUUACUCUAAUAAUAAUAUAGUUUCUACUGCUGCUAAUACCACUACUACAACCGCUUUCUCUGAUAAUAGUGUGGAAGAUCAAGAUUGUUACUAUCAUCAACGUGAUCACAAUAUUAAUAAUACUGACACUGCCAUGAAUUCUUAUAACUACAACUACAAUUACAAAAAUAACAUUAAUAAAGCUGCAAACAAUAAUAGUAAUAAUAAUCUGCAUUAUACCGAAGCAUUAUAUCUACAAAAUAUAGAUAAUAGCAAGAGAUCCAAGACUAUGAGUGAUCUAGAUAAUGUUUUUCCAGGCGAUUUGCCUUUUAACAACAACGGAGUUGCCAAUCCUGUUGUUUCCACUAAAAACGUAGUUGUUGACAACAGCUACCUUUCUGGUGUGAGUUCUAAAUGUUAUAAUCCAAACAUUUCUGUUGGCAUUACCACACCUACUACCCCAAACACCCCCUCAACCACACCUAUUGCUGCAGUAUCUACACGCACCCCCAACACAAGCACGAACACUGAGGUGAACACCAACAGCAGUGUCAAAGUUGAAAUGGCCAAUCAAGUUGAAUGGCUAAAUAUAAGUAAAAUGAGUGGCGAUAGAAUGAUUCAAAUUUUGGAUAUUUUGCAAACGAUGAAAUUGCAUAAUAGCAAUAGCAUUAAUGAUAACAAUAAUAAUGCCAAUGGUGGUAAUAUUACUUUUAGGGAGCAAGUUACUGAAAAUAUCAAAUCUAUUUUGAAUCUUCUAAACCAGUCGCACUUAGAACUUAAGUUAAAAAUAUUGGCCAAGGAAUUUGGACAACAAAAUACGGCAAAACUCAAAAAUGGGGAACAUCCAGACGACUGGUUGUGGUUGAAUCAAAAGUAUCCCAGAAAAGAAAAUCAAUUAAAGCAGUUUCCAAGAUUGAUAAUAAGUGAUACGAAGAGGAAUUCCUCUAAAUACUAUAAUAUUGAAGUUAGAACUUCUAGCGGGUAUAAUGAGUACAAUAUAGACUCAGAGUUAGAGAUUGAUCUGCUAAACUUAUCAAAUAUGACCUUGUUAAGGGAAAGUGAUGAUAGGAAAAGAAAGACUAAAUAUUAUGAACUUAUUGAAAAAAAGAUGAAAAGACCACUAAACAGUUUCAUGUUGUACAGAACGAGUGUUAUUAAAGCUUUGUGUUUGUUAAAAGUGGUUUCGGUAGUUACUCAGUUGGUUACGCUACUAAAGCUGUAUAUUCCACCGGCACAAGAUGACUUAGAUGAAGAGGAGGAAGAAUUAUACUAUUUGAAUAAAAUAUAUUAUAUGGUACUAAAAAGAAGGGAAGUUGGUAGUGGUACUGUUUAUUCGAAUGACAAAGAGUCUCAGUUAAUAUCGUCUUUGAUUGAUAGUCAGCUAUAUGAAUUUGACGCUGAUAAGAAUGUUUCUGUUCCAAUAGACCCCAAAUUUUCUAAUAAUUCGAUAUUAACACAAGUGAUAACUUUGCUUUGGAAUACUGAGGAUUCCAAGGUCAAAGAACAGUUCACUCAUUUCAGUCAAUUAGAAAAGCUACAUCACCAUAGGGUAUAUCCCAAAUACAAAUAUUGUCCGUUGAAAAGAAAAAAUAUCCUUAAAAAAAUACAAAAUAAUAAUAACGGUAAAAGUAUUGGUAGUAAUAAAAGAAGUAAUAGUACUGGUACUAUUGUGUUCGGUAGGUAA